AUGGCACCCUUCAUGAAUGUUUUCUCAAAUCUUAUAAUAUCCAUACCAGUAAUAACAACAUCAUCAUUUUUUGUGCUUCUUUUCCUCUAUAUCUACAAUCAAAAACAACAUCAUAAAAAGAAGUACCAUCUAGUAGUUGGGAGUGUGUUGAAUCUGAUAAUUAACUUCAACAAGGUGCAUGAUUACUUGUCAGAUCUCGCGGCGAAAUACAAAAGUUAUAGAUUGAUAGUUAGCCUUUUUCGUGCCGACGUUUAUACAUCUGACCCUAUGAACGUGGAAUAUAUCGUCAAGACCAAUUAUCAAAAUUUUGGCAAGGGAAAGAAAUUACGUGACAUCAUGAAGGAUUUACUUGGUGAAGGAAUUUUCAUAGUUGAUGGGGACAAAUGGCGAGAGCAAAGAAAGGUGGCCAGCCACGAGUUCUCUACGAAAGUCUUGAGAGAUUUUAGCAGUGUUGUGUUCAGAAAGAAUGCAAUUAAACUUGGGGACAUAUUGUUAGAAGCAGCAAAUAACAACCAAAUAAUCGAUAUUAAUGACUUGUUCAUGAAAGCAACAAUGGAUUCAAUAUUUAAAGUUGCUUUUGGAAUUGAUCUUAACAACAUGAGUAGUCCGAAUGAAGAUGGUAUUAGAUUUAGCCGUGCAUUUGAUGAUGCAAACACGCUGACUGCUGGAAGAUUUGUCGACGUAUUAUGGAAGAUCAAAAAGUUUUUAAAUAUCGGAUCUGAAGCAGAUAUGAAAAAAAGUAUGAAAGUGGUGGAUGAGUUUGUUUAUAAGGUUAUCCAGAUGAAGAUUGAACAAAUGCAUAAAUCAAAAGAUGAGUUUUCUUUGAAGAAAGAAGACAUUCUAUCAAGGUUUCUACAGGUCAAUGAUAAAGAUCCAAAGUACCUGCGAGAUAUAAUACUAAGCUUCGUACUUGCUGGGAAAGAUACUGUCGCAAUCACAAUGACUUGGCUCAUCUAUAUGCUUUGCAAACAUCCUAAAAUUCAAGAUAAGGUAGCAAGAGAGAUCAAAGAAGCAAUGAAGAUGAAAAAAGAGUUUACAAAUGUUGCAGAUUUUGCGACUCUUGUGACUGAUGACGCAUUGGAAAACAUGCACUAUCUUCAGGCGACAUUAACAGAAACUAUCAGAUUCUAUCCUGCAUUACCUCUAGACCCAAAGACAUGCCUUUCAGAUGAUGUUCUACCAGACGGUUGUAUGGUAAAGAAAGGGGACACCAUAUCUUAUCUGCCAUAUGCAAUGGGAAGGAUGGAGUUCAUAUGGGGUGAUGAUGCACAAGACUUCAAACCAGAAAGAUGGCUUGAUCAUGAUGGUCGCUUCCAUCCAGAGAGCCCUUUCAAGUUUGUAGCUUUUCAGGCUGGGCCACGAACUUGUUUGGGACGAGAGUUCGCAUAUAGGCAAUUGAAGAUCUUCUCUUCUAUCUUACUAGGUUGUUUCAUGUUCAAAUUAAGUGAUGAAAACAAAGUCUCAAGCUACAGGAUAUCUGUUAAUCUUCACAUCGAUGGUCCAUUGCAAAUUUGUGUUUUCAAAAGAUCCGGUUUGCACGAUCAAUAAACUUAAAAAUGUGACUUUGGCAUAUCAGAUGCUCAAAAUCACAUCGUAUAUGUUCCUAUGAAAUGAAAUAGUGUCAAAUAAAGUGUUCAGAUUUGUCUAUGUAUUUGGUUGUCCUCUAUAAGACGGAACUCCAUAUAUAUGCUUCAGAUGA